AUUGCUUGACCAGUGUGUUAUAUCUUAACACUCGUUUGUUUGGUGCUCUCUAUCUCUGGCGUCCUGAGAUAUUCUGUCAUACAUUGGUCAGCUACUCCCCGUCUUUUCCUUUAAUUAUAUGACCCUCUACUUCUUGCAUUUAUACCUAGGAAUCUUUGGUUAUUCUGUUGAAAACGGUUACUAUUCGAACAGUUACUGAGAUAUAACACAUUUUUUCAGAAAUUCCAUAUAGUAAAUUUGGCCCCGCCCUGGGAUCAGAACCCCUACCCCGGGGAUCAUGAAUUUUACAAUUUUGGUAGAGGCCUUCCUGCUCUACAUCACUAUGAAUUUAGUUUUUCUUACACAUGUGCAUUCAUACCUAUGGUAGUUAUCAAGAAGUUAAAAAUGUUAAAUUUUUAACGGACGACAACCAAUUGCAAUAAGUCACCUGAGUUUACUCAGGUAACCUAAAAUCAGAAAUGGGGGGGGGGGGGGGGGAAGCUAGAUAGUUUUAUUAUACACAGGUUGAUAUAAUUGAAUCUGUCAAAAAAAUCCGAUGUUUAGGAUCAAUUGUAUUUUCUACAUCAGGAUCAUUUUGCAAAGUCAAAAACACUAUUGUGAACAAGCCCAAAAAUUGUUAUGCAUGUGUAGUACAGUUUGAAAACUUGUAUGUAUACUUGUAUAUUAUCUCGAGCUGUUUGAUAGAGUCGUGAUAAGGAUGUGAGAUAUGACGGGGACAUGAAAAUCCUGACUGAAGAAAUGACCUCUCAUUAUUUUACUUUCUUUUCAGUACAGUUAUAUUUCUCAAGCCCACCAUUUAAAAAGGAUGGCUAAGCUUAGAUUUUAAUUUUCAUUUUAUUUGUAAAUUCAAUUCACAAUUAAAAUUCCAGUCGUUAUAUAUGAAGGCACGUGCAUUCAUUAUGGGAAACAUUUACUGUGUGACACCCUCGGGGCAUUUAGUAUUCUGUGUUUCCAUCUAUGCAGGGGCGGAUCCAGGACAAAAAUGAUGAAAGAGGCGAUCAAGGUAUUCGGGGGAGGGGUACCUGGGUCAGCACCCCCCAAAAAAAACCAAAUAAGAAAGAAAGAAAAUAACCCCAACCCCCUAAAAAAAUCUAUGAUAUAGUUUUACACAAUUUGUUCUUUAGCUCUUGUUUAAAAAGUUUUAGUCAAAACAGAGACAUUACAAAGUAAAACUGAUUCACUUUGAGAAAAAUCUUUCUCAGCUUGUUUGUAGUGUAUUGCACGGGAAAUGUAGAAUAGAAAGAUUAAAUAAAUAAAUAGCCUAAAUAAAUUGCUAUAUAGAAAGAAUAUUGAAAUAGGCCGAAUUGAUUACAUACAUGAAAUGUAUAGAGAGAAAAAAUCAUUGAUCUACCACUGUUUUUUGCAAACCAACUGAAAAUGAUAUAGUUUGUGGUAUGAUGAACCUCUGAUCUUAUAACUUGUGCGCAAGUUUGGGGGGGAAAAUCAAGUAGGAGUUAUCAUUCUUUGAUUUGACUUUACCAAGCAUGCGCAUUACGAAUUUCCCGCUGUAUAUGAAAACAAAACAAAAUGUGGUGACGGUGACCGAAGAAAGUGUCAACAUUCGCUGUUCCCCAAACACACAACUUAGAAAAAUGUAAAAUAAUGGCAAGUGGGGGUGCGUCUUUCAUUGCAACACCUGUGUCCAGUUUAACUGUCGGACAGCCGAGUCCUGCGGGACCAAUGAAAACUUCAGGGAUGAAGAAGUCGUCUGCCUCUGACCUACUGGACCAGAUAAGGCAGUUGGAGGUUGAGGGACAGAAACUGAGGAAUUCCAACCUGAUAAAUCUGGGUGUUUCCUCCUUCAACACUAUAGAAUCCCCAUCAGACUAUGGACAGUACACCCCAGUUUCCCGACCCCCCAUUACUCCUACGUCCCCAGCCACACUGUCGGCCCUCGUUGAUAUAUCCAAUGAACAGAAGACCAUUGCAGAUCUCAGGACCCAGCUGGAUGCCCAGCGCAGAGAGACGGACCGACUACAGCAGCAGUUAGGGGGAGACAACUCUAGUGCCCAGCGAAGCUCUGGCAGCAUGCACAGUGGCCUUCCCAGCAGCCCCUCCAAAACCGGCUUUUCCACCCUUCCAUCAACAGAAUUAUUUUCUGCAAGGAGGACACAUUAUGAUUACAAUGGACCGCCUUCUCACCUGGAAAAAGCCCUCAAAGAUUCUCAGGAACAAGUGGGAGAUCUCAGAAGAAGGCUGCAGGAGGCGAGUGAGCUGAGUGAGCAACAGAAGAGACAGUUUCGGUCAAACAUCGAGGAACUGAAGGCCAAGUUACAGGAGACAGAGAUCAACAGAGACGCUGUGCUGGACUUAAGACAAAAAGAAUCUUCUAACCAAGAGAUGAUGCUUAACAAAUUCCAAGUAUCUAUACAACAGCUGCAGGAAAAGGCCAGGGCACAGGAAGAGGCUUUAAUGGAUGCCAAUAGGAAGUUGGAAAGUGUGAAUCGAGAGAAAUACUUGAUAGACACGGCUCUGAACCAGAUCCGGCUCAUCCUGGGAGAUGUGGAACGCAAGCGAGGAAAACCAUAUUUUGAGUCAGAUCCAGUAUCCAAACAGGUGCCAGGCAUGUUGGUCCACACGUUCGAGAGAUUUGUACAGGAGAUGAACUCUGACUUUGAUCAAAAGAAGUCCAGGAUAACUGAGUUGGAGAGUGAGGUUAAAUCUUUGAAACAGAACAUCAGCCAGGAUAAAGAAUCCCUCAUCAAAGAACAACAAGAGAAAAUAACAAGCAUGUCUGCCGAACAUGAAAAACAGAUGACAGCUCUCCAAGAACGCGCUAAUAACUCACGUAAACAAGCUACACAUCUCCAGCAACAACUUGCCAUGUUUGAGGGGCAGCAAGAACAGCAGUUAAAGUUAAAGGAUGCCACCAUCAUGGAGCUAGAGAGUAAAAUCCGCCAUCUUAAGGACGAGCAGCAAGAGGACAGGAUCAAAUGGCACGAGAAGAAAGAGGUGUUUGAAAGAUCCCAGGAAAGUUACCAAACAGAGAUGUGUAAGCUGAGGUCUGAUCGUGAUGACGCCCUGAAGGAGACGGCAACUCUACACAGCAAAUUAGAGGAGACUCAGAAUUCAUUGGUACGAUGUAAGACUGAGCUUGAUCUUGAGAAGCAGAAGACCGUCCACAUUUGGGAGAAGGAGACAUCCAUGCAGAGCCGACAGAAGGAGCUGGAGAGCAAAGUAGAUGAGAAACAAAAGGACAUCGAGAGGUUGGAGAAAAUGCUGGAACUCAUUAAAUCUGAGUGUAAUGCUCAAGUCAGUGAGAAGAUAUCAACGGCAGAGAGAAUGGAACGAGAACGCCACUUGGAUCAGAUUAGCAGCUUAACAUCCCAACUCAGUUCACUUACAGAGAAAUGUAACCGAGUGUCGCUGGAGCUUGAGCUCGCGAGAUCAGAGGCUAACAACCUGAAACAGCAGCAUCGAGACGCCAGUGACAAGCUGGAUGCCACUCGAAUUCAGUUUGAGGCUGUGGAGGCGGAGAAGAAGCACGUGUCGAAUAUGUUGAGUGAUAAAAAGGCAGACAUGGAUCGUGUGACACAGGAGAGAGACUACUACAAUGGGCUACUAAACCAGAGGAAUGAAGAGAUUGCCACACUAAAGGGGCAGAGGGAAAAACUGACCAUACAGCUCGAGGAGAAGGAGAAGAACCUGAAGAUCCUGGGAGACCAGUCCUCCAAAAUCGCUGACCUGGUCGACAACAACACACGCAGUAACGAAAUUCUACGGGAGGAAAAGGACCGUCUAAUGAGCAUGCUCAAUGAGCGCACCGUGGCUUUGGAGGAACUGAAAGCCUCAAGGGAAACGAUGUCCAAGAAGAUGAAGAUUCGAGAGAAAAGGAUCAAAGAGCUUGAGAUAGAGAAGCAGAAAUAUCAGGAAGAGAUAACCAUGCGACAAGAGGAAAUGGUGAUUUUACAGCAAGAGAAGGAAAGCUUGUUCACCGAGUUGAAAGAGAGUCGAUAUGAGGUGUCGUUGCUCACCGAGCAGAAAGAUGCUGUCCAGAAGGAGUUGGAGAAGGAAGUAGAAAGUCAGAACAAGGAGAUGACUAAGCUACAGGCCAAGGUCAAAGCGGCUGAUCAGGAGGUGCGUCUUGCUCAGAGAACACUGCGUACCAGAGACUCGACUGAUCACCAGGCUGUAAAGGUUGCUGAUAAAAUGCAGAAGGAGGUGACUUUGAAAAGAAAUGAGAUUGACUCGCUGAAGACAAAAGUGAGAUGGUAUGAGGACAAACUGGACUCCCUGUCAAGGGAGCGGAACAGUUUAGAGCACGAUAAGGACCGCCUAAAGACAUCACUCAACAAAUCACUGACUCAUAGUCAGCAAUUAUCGGCCGAGCUUGAGCUAUCUCAGAACAAGGUCAUGGAGCUUAAGAGUCAGAUCAGCCGGCUUGAGAUGGCUCUAGAAAAAUCCACCACUAAGAAUGCCAUGUGUCAGGCGGAGUUAGAGCAGUACCAGCAGGACGUGGCCAGACUCAAGCUACGACACCAGCUGGACCUACAGGAAGCCAUACAAAGGUCUUUACCAAACAAGGGAGCAGAUUUUGAGAAUCCUGCGAUAUUCACUUCUGCAUAUACCAAUGCACCCCACAUCACAUCAGAAAUGGCCAGUCGACCAGGCAGUCGUGUCACAUCGGAUAUGGCCAGUCGACUUGGCAGUCUUCACUCUGAUAGGAGGUACCCUGCAAAAGAUGCCUCUGUGGAGUCAGUCCCCACCAGGGACACAGAUGAGUACAAGUAUGUGGGGAGCGAGUUGAAACAUUUAGUGGACCAAAUGAAAUCUCUGAUGACUGACAGAAAACAGAAACAGGCGGAGAAAGCUUCCCACCAUCGUAGAUCAAGGUCAGCUCAGACUGGCUGUAAUAGUACUGGAAGUUCAUCAGAUACAGAGUAUCACUCAGAUGUUGAAUUGGAGAGAAGUUAUCUGAGGUCAAGGUCACGAGACAAAUUGGACAGCAGAGAAUACUCAGGAUAUUCCUCACUCAGGGAAAAUCGUUCCCGUUCCCUCUCCCCCCACCAAGGACAUCGGAGGUCAUGCAGUAACGACACUUCACGCCUACUACGAUCUGGCAACGACAGCUACCCUUCACAGCCCGGGGGGAGUGUAGGCACUCAACCCUCGGUGACCAGGAAUUCUUAUUCUACAGGGCGUGGCAUCCCCCUCCCCCCUCCCACAGAGGCAACUAACACGGAGGACCUAUGUCGUAGACUGGAACAGAAGAUUGAGUCCCUCACAAAAAUGGGUGGCUCACUUCAGAAGGAAAACCGAGAAAUGGCAGAUCUGAUGAAAGUCCAAGGUAAAAAGAUUAGAAAAGUAAAGGAGAGUCAGAAGAAAGUGAGGAAGGUGACUCGGUGAUGAACAGAGUAUAAGAUAGAAACAGAGAUUUGUAUACAAGUAUCCAGUGUCUAUGAGGAGGGAUGGACCAGAUUGUGACUCUCAGAAACUGAUUUUUGUAUACACAUAUCCGAUUUUGGGGGGGGGGGGGGGGGGGGGGGGGGGGGGGGGGGUAGAUUGUGACACUCAAAAACAGAUUUCUAUACAUUUACUUGAGCAUGGUGACUGGACAGUCAUUUCUUUUCACACUCUCCGAGAACGCCAUUGACAAGUACAGUAAUAUAUCUAUUUUAGUGUGGAUUCAUGAUAUACUUUAUAAUGCACUGAUAAUUUAUUGCAUGUCAUUCCAUUUAGUAGAUGUCCUGUCUAUACACAUUGAGUAGAAUUUUAAAAUCUGAACUAUAAAAUUUAGCUCUGGAAUUGAUAUCAAUAAAGAUUUUUAGCUUAAGAUAAGUAAUCAGUUUUGAAGAGAGUGUUGAAUCUAUUGUUUUGAUAUAGAGGAAACUUGUGGAACUCUUCAGAAAUAAGAGAGGAUAGUGAAGUUUAAAAGUUUUAAUGAGAUAAGUCUCUAAUGAAACUGAAGCUCUACUUUUUUUUUUAACUGAAAUUAAUUAUGUCUUUUGUUGAAUUAACUGAAGCCAAUUUUGUGGCUGUGUUCUUAUCUUAAUCAUAUAUAUGUACAAUUCAUUUUGUUUUGUGUUGAAAAUUGGCUUAAUUUGUGCUAUUUGGUUAGUGAGCAAUGGCUUGUUGGAGAUAGAUAAGUCAAUUUCUGUUGGCUGUUGUGGUAUUUGUUCAUUUGUUGUAUCUGUACUGUAAGCAGAUGUUUGUUGUAUAUCAUGUGAAGACAAUCACAUCACUUUAACAAUAGAUCAACACCACUUCUCAUCCUGUUCUCUCGACUGCCAAGUCUGUCUUUUAUUUAUCUGUACAAUUUUUCGAGUAUACCAUUUGUGUCUGUGAUAUAUAUUAUGUAAAUCCAAUUUACCUACAGCAUUUUACUAGAUAACUUUUUUAUUCAAAUGAACAAAAAAUUGUAAAAAG